UGCAAGUUCAUGUGCCGCCCACUCAUCAUCGUCUUUUUCACUAGCGAGCAACCCCACAGGAACAGAGAAAGCUAGAGAGAGAGAGAGUGAGAAACCUUCUUCCAUUACUACUAGUCUACUACUCUCUCGCUCUUUCUCAAGAGGGAGGGGGAGAGAGAGAGAGAGACAGUUACUAGCUCUAUAUAUUCUCACACAGCUCACAGGUGUAGGAGAAGCCAUGAACAUGAGGACCAUCAUAUCCCUCAUCCCAGAUACAUGAUCUGUACUGUCUCCUCCUCUCUAGCUUCUCUCCUCUCCCUGCUGUGCCCCUUGCUUUGUUGCUUGGUCAAUUAGAGCUAAGCAGCAAGCUAGCUUCCUGGAAGCAAGGCCGGCGCCUGGCUGGGACAAGAACCACAGGAACCACAGCUGACUGAUUGAUCAAUCAAUCAAUCUUCUGCUGCCCUGCUGCCUCACAGCCUCAGCAAGACAGUACGUACAGAUCAAUUUUGGCCCUCUUGAGGCUCCGGCCGGUCGCCGACUCGCCGUCGUCGAAGGUGCUCUCCGGCCGGCGGAGUUAACAUUGAGCUUGAUUUCAAGCCGCGCUCCGAUCCGACCGGCAAAGCGCCGAAGCUGCCUUCCGUUUGUUUCACUCUGGUCUCUGGGGGCUCGCCAUCAGCCAUCCGUACCGAGCUGUAGUGUGCGCGGUUUUGUCGCGUCGUCGUACGUCGAGAAUCCGUGAGCCAGACAGACAAGCCAGUGGUUUGGUGAUUCUUGCGGCGGCGCGGCGAUGGAGACCUUCGGCUGGGCCGGCGGCGGGCAGCUGAUGCACCACGACGACAUCUACUUGCCGCGCUCGGUGGGGUGCGGGCGGCCGUUCGAGCUGGACGACGCGUUCCUGGGCGCGUGCUUCGGCGCCCAGCUCCAGUGCGACGGUGGCGUCGGCGGCGGCGACGGCGGCGGGUGUCUGCAGGGUACCUCGGGAUUUGGCGCCGUGGCUGGAGACCCGUUGGGGUUGCUGUGCUCGGGGGACGUGUUUGCGUCUGUCGCCGAGGGCGCCGGCGGCGCGCACGACGACGGCCUCCUCGACGCGGCGCUCGCCUUCUCCCGGAAUCAGCUCGGGGGCGCCGCCUGCGACGGGAGCGACGGCGGGGCCGUGUCGAACGGCGCCAUGCUGUCCAGCUACAGCGGCACCACCGGCGGCAACAUCUCCUCCGGCGAGUCGAAUAACUACAGCGGCGGCGGCGGUGGCUACGACGCCGAGGUGGUGUCGCCGACGUCCACCAUGUCCGCAGCCACACAGUCGCUCCACCCCAAGCGAAAGCUAUACGACGACCACCACCACCCCGCCGGCAUAGCAGCCGCAGCCGCAGCGCCACCGCUGGCGCCGUGCCCACGCCCCACCACCGGCGCCGUCGCCGCGAAGCGGAGGGCUUCCACGUCAGCAACAAGCAUCACCUUCGGCCACCAGCCGCACCACCACCACGCGGGCGCCACCACCGCCGGGUACGAGCCUGACAUGGAAGCCAUGGCGCAGGUGAAGGAGAUGAUCUACCGGGCGGCGGCCAUGCGCCCCGUCCACCUCGGCACGGAGGCCGCCGCCGACAAGCCCCGCCGCAAGAACGUGCGCAUCUCGAGCGACCCGCAGACGGUGGCGGCGCGUCUCCGGCGGGAGCGCGUCAGCGACCGCCUCCGCGUCCUGCAGAAGCUGGUCCCCGGCGGCAACAAGAUGGACACGGCGUCCAUGCUCGACGAGGCGGCCAGCUACCUCAAGUUCCUCAAGUCCCAGGUCCAAAAGCUGGAAACCCUAGGCACCACCACCACCACGUCCAAGUUACCGCAGCAGUAUUACAGCGGCAACAUCAACAGCAGCAAUAAUCACCAUGGAUUCCUCGGAUUCGCAGCAAAUAACAACACCAUUUCAGCUGGCUACGCAAAUUCUAAUGCUGGAAAUGCAACGAAACUGUUGUAGCACUGUGGCUAGCACAAGUACUUGAUACGCACAACGUACGCGUGGUCUCGUCGUCUAUAUACAUGUAGUAACAUGCUGCUGUUUUCUACUGUUUCUAGGCUUGGUGGUGAUCAGUGUACGUACACACGGCACAUAAUUGGAGUCUUAAUUAGUGGUGGAGUGCAUGCUGAUUUAGUUCGUGGUCAUGUUCUUGUGCAAGAUUUAGAUUUAUAAUCUUCCGCUGGCGGAUCAGCUGCAUGGAGUGAGAAGUUACAUCAAAUUAAAGGGGCCAUCUGAUGGUUCGUUCAAAAAAAAAAAACGGGUGCCAUCUGAUAGAGGAAAACAUGUGGUUCAAUAAUGGAAAAGAGUGGCCUGGACGAGCAAUUUGCGAGUGAAGAUUUUUAGCUUUCUUUUUUUUCUUAAUUUAUUUAUGCAUGAACUGAGUGAGUUUAUCGCCACUCGAAAGUAUAUAGACGUGGAUCGAGUAACUAGUACAUGGAUAUUCAGAUUUGUAUGGUUGUUGCGCAACGAGACACUAUAUAUAAGAUAAUAUAAUUAAUUAACCGUCCUUAA